AUAUAAGUACCGAUACGCUAUUUUUACAAUUGGAGUGUUUGGCGACUGCAGCGUUCGGUUGGAUGAGCUUGUUAGAUUGCGGCCUUUCAUUUUCAUAUAGUGCACGGAUAUUUAAAACUUUUCAUUUCAAUCCACCACACCAGCAACGAUCGUUUUUGAUUUUUCCCCUCCUAAAGGAGUAAAAAUAACGCAAUAUGGCCGUAGAAUCAUUACAACUGCCGAUAUAUGAUCGAACACCACAACCAAUUCAGUGGACAAAAAGUUGGUUGGACAAAUUGAAUAUUAAAGUCAGCACUUGGGAUCAAUUCUGCCAGUUCGUUGGCGAGGUCAUCGGCACUGCAAUGUUGGUAUUUCUUGGUUGUACGGGAUGUGUACAGAACGACCACUUUGUGAACAGUCCCUUACAAUCGUCGUUAAAUGUCGGUUUGGUUGUAAUGAUGAUCGUUCAUUGCUUCGGUUGCGUUUGUGGCGCACACUUAAAUCCCGCGAUCACUUUGGCCGUUUACAUAUACGAUAUGAUUUCACUAACAAUGGCGGGCGUCUACUUUUUGGGACAACUGCUGGGCGCUUUUGCCGGCUAUGCUCUUAUGAAGGCGCUAGUACCAGCUGAUGCCAUUUCAUUGGGUGGUGCCGCUCAUGGCGUCUGUGUGCCUACACCACAUCCAGACAUAACCACAAUGCAGGGUUUUUGGAUUGAAUUUAUCGCCACUGCUAUGUUGAUUUUUACCACCUGCAGCGCCGCUGAUUCACGAAAUAUGCCAUUCCAAGACUCAUUGCCAAUUCGUUUUGGUUUAACCGUUGCUUGCCUGAGUCUCGCUGUGGGGCAAUUGUCGGGCGCUAUGUUGAACCCAGUCAAAGCGGUUGCCGCCGCAGUAUGGAAUUCUGAUUACCAGGACCACUGGAUAUAUUGGGCUGCUCCAAUGCUCAGUGCUCUAGUUAGCGCCACUUUCUACAAAGUGGUUUUCAAGCGCGACUAUGUUGAAAGGGAAUUGAAUGAGAAGCCAUGAGUAGAGAAGUUGGACUAAUGUCAUUGGCCAAAGGAGACUCUCGAAAAAUUCAUAUUUGAAAGUUAUAAACCGCUACAUGCGGAAUAUGUAUAUAUGUAUGUGUAUUUAUGCUAUAUACAGGAAGUUUUCUACGCAAUGUUAUUUUUCGCAAUUUUAGUUUAUAAAACAUAUUUUAUUUCUACUUUAUUUCAUUGUGCUACUUUUUGUGUUUAAUAAUUUCUUCAUCAAGUGGUUGUUACAUUUGUAUUCAUUAAAUGUAAUAUAUGUAUUUUUAUAUCGAUUUUAAGGCUGCAUAUUGCAAGGAAGCUUAUUUUGUGUAAGAA